ACAAUAUUUCAAUUAAUCCUCGCGUUGCUAGGUCGCUUUACCAGGCGUCAGACCCUGCGCCUUAUGUUGUCCAUGUUCAAAAAAUCAUGGAAACAAAUCAAACCGGAUCUGUUCACCCCAUACAAUUUGGAUUUUUCCUUAAAAAAAAUUAUGUAAAAAGCAUUGUAGAGGGAAGUAUAAAAAAAAUAGGGAGGAAUAUGUUGUCAUUGCAAUUUGAGACAUUUAAAGAUGCUAACUUAUUUUUAAAUCAUAAAUCUCUCAACACAAAUAAAUACAAAGCCUUUAUUCCGGCUUUCACAAUCACCCGCAUGGGAAUUGUGAGAGGUGUUCCGUGUGAAUGGGAUGAAAAAGAAAUUUUAGAAAACAUUGAGCUUCCGCAGAAUUGUGGAAGUCUUUUGAAAGUUCGGAGGUUAAACAGGAAAAUCUUUGAAGGAGAGAAUUCCAAGUUCAUUCCAACUGAGACUGUAGUCUUAACCUUUGAUGGGAAGAUCUUACCUCCCAAGGUCUUUAUAUGCUACAACUCCCUACCUGUAGACCUUUAUAUUUACCCCACACUGCAAUGUUUCAAUUGCUGCCGUUUUGGUCACACCAAAAUGCAAUGCAGAGGCACUCCAAGGUGUUACAAAUGUGGUGACAACCAUUCAAGUAUUAGUUGCAAGACUGAAAGGGAUGAUGCUGUGUGUAUCUUAUGCUCUGGUUCUCAUUUUGCAACGGAUAAAAAGUGCCCAGAGUAUGCUAGGCAAAAAGCUAUUAAAGAAACAAUGGCUAAAAAGUCAAUAUCAUAUUCAGAAGCCAGUAAAGUCCAUCCACCAAUUUCUAAAUCUUAUGCAGACGUUGUUGCUUCUGCGUCAUCGGCCCAUUCUGGUCCGAAUAUUUCUUAUUCCAGUCCCUAUAAUUUAACAAGCCCUACUAAGACUUCCACACAGUCAUUUAGGAAAACAGUAUUCAUGAAACCCAAAGCUCGUCCUAAAAAUGUAAGUAAGGGAUAUGAUCAAAAAACGCAUGCAGAGCUUAUCCAAGAUUACAGCAACAUUCCUUCCUUUUCUAAAGGUUGUCUCAACAACUAUAAUGAUUUGUCAGAAAUAAUAACAAAGGAUCUCAUCAUUUCUAUAAUACAGUACCUUUCACAAUCUGACAUAAUUAAAAUACCGUCCAACGAUGCCCCUUCUACAAAAAGUUUUUUAACUAAUGGACAGUCAAGACCAUCCUCAAAACCAGUCUCUGGUGAUUCAAUGGAAUUGCCGGAGCAUUAAUAGUAAAAAAAGUGACCUAAUUUUUUUAUUAAAUAAUUACAAACCAUUUGCCGUCUCUCUUCAAGAGACUUGGCUUCGUCCCGGAUUCAAUUUUAGAAUUCAAGGACAUAUCUGUCUUAGAGAAGACAGAACAGAUGGGUAUGGUGGAGUUGCACUUAUUCUUAGAGGAGGUGUGCCAUUUGUUCACAUACCCAUCCCCAAUCACAGUGAUAAAUUUUCUAUUAUUGCUGCUAGUGUAAAUAAUAUUUGUAUUGUAAAU